AUGUCGACUGCAAGGCUUCAUAUAAAAUCUCGUAAUGUUUACCAAUUGCUACGUGGUGACUUGACAUUACCAUGUGCUCUUGUCGCACAGUCAUCUCAUCAUGCUGCCCUGAGCACAUUGAGCAAUUCCAUUAGGUAUCAGACUCGCUCAUAUGCUACUCCCAAAGGCGCAAGGAAGCCUCUUCGCCCACCUCCUCGGGCACCCAAGCUUGUUAAAGCUCAGACAAACUCCAGCAGCCAGACUGAUUUCGACCUCAGUCAAAUCUCACCUAUGGACUUCGAACUGGCUAUGCGAGCGUCCGAGAAUCAAGUUGAGAUCCAAAUCCCAGUCGAGGCUGCACAUGAGAUGGCGUGCUUAUUGUGGUUGCUCAGGAGACUAAAAGCCCAUACUUCAUUCUCGAUGGCAUUGUGGGCUUCAGCUUCAGGACUCAACUAUAGUCCUGCGGUCGUCUCUCUCGCGAGCCAGCUCUUCGCCAGUGGAUCAUGGCGGAAAACAACUGCAUUCGCAGAUGCUGAGAAUCGGUUCAUGAAGCUCGUAGCUGAGGCGAAGAACUGUAAUGCCCUUACAGUCUAUGGCGAAUACCUGUUCCAAGAUGGAAAGUAUGACCAAGCAGUGGCUAUGUUGAACCAGGCCCUCAACGUUGACGAUGGAGUCUUUGAAUGGAAGCGGAAGGGCCUGAUAUGUCUCGCAAAGUCUUAUGCCAAGCUUGGGAGAGCGCAUGAGGCAAAGAAAACACUUGAGUUGUUGGGAGACUCAGAAGCAGACGCCGAGCUUGACCAGUUGCUUCGAUCAAGUGAUGCUGAGAUGACACGUCAACAGUUGUACACAGAUGCCGUCAAGGGCAAGCAUGAUUUGUUUUCACAGCUGGCCGAAGUGGAAUUUGAGAGAGAAACCAAGGAGACGGAUGUCGAACUGAAGAAGAACCAUCAUCUAUGGGGUUUGGAGUGGUCGAGACUGGCAGACCCAGGUGCAAAGUUUUAG